AUGAGCACGAGUCGGCGCAGCGUAUUUAGCACGACGCAGUGCCUGUAUCAUCAGGCUACUCUGCAGAGCGGCACUACGCCAACUCACCUUUGGCUUCGAGAAGCCACGUUUUUUCUUAUACAUAUAUCGAGUUCCUGUUUCUUCCAUAUGUCUUUCUGCCUCCUGUUUGUCUUUCCUCGUCCCGCCUGCACGUGCUCCGCCAGCCGGCGUGACAGCGCGUGCAUGCCGUUUCAAGGCGGCUUUCUCUCCGUGCUCCGUUACCGCUCCUUCGUCCUGCACAUGCUCCGCCAGUUGGCGUGUCAGCGCGUGCAUUUUAUAGCACGGCUGUGUUCCUCCUUCGUCCGUCUUUCUUCGAUCUUCCUGCAAGUGCUCCACCACCCGGCGUGA